AUGAUCCCUCAUCGGAGCACGGCUCUCAUUACCAUCAUCGUCUUUGUUGCCCUCGUCUUGGUCAUCUUCUCUUCCUCCCCGACGACCGACCCUUCGACUGGUGAGGAAGUCUCCGGCCCGGCCAAAUAUGUCCCUCACCCGAAACUUCCUUCGUUAAAUAACCUGCAUCUGCCAUCGUUUCACCCGACAGUGCAUACACCUCCGGAACCGCAACCUAACAGCACCAGCGGCGAGUCCAAGUGGUUCAGCGAUUGGUCGUGGAUCAACCCUUUCUCGUCAUCGAUCACCCUCGAUGAGAACCGUUCCGUCCUCCCCCCUCUCAGAAAUCGCCCGUUCAUCUACACGUACUACGAACCCAAUAAAGGAAACGAUCGGGAGGAGGAUAAUGCGGACGCGCAGCUGCUUCUCGCCUGGCGCAGGGCUUGGUUUGCGCAAGGAUUCCGCCCCGUCAUUCUUGGCCCUGGUGAAGCCAUGAACAACCAGCUUUACGAGCUUGUUCAGCCCUUGAAUCUUAAGCCGGAGCUUGAAAGUGAGCUGUUCAGGUGGCUAGCUUGGGGCCAUAUGGGUGAUGGUAUGCUUGCGGAUUGGCACUGCUUUCCCAUGGCCCGGUACGAUAACGCUCUUCUCACUUAUCUGCGUCGAGGCACCGAUCCUGCCCUUAUCACCCGCUUCGAUGGCUUUGGGAAUGCUCUAUUUGCUGGCGAGAAAUCACGUAUCAAUGAUGCAAUCAAGGAGGCUAUGAACAAGGUGGAUGACAAGUCCACCUCUUUGAUAGAUUUGCUUCCAGCCGAAUUCUUCAAGGUGGAAGAGCCUAACGCUCUGGCUCUUUACGACUCGACUGCCAUUACCAGUCACUACCCUACAGUUGCCGAGAAAAUUGUCUCUUCGCCUACCGCUGGACGACUGGCCUUGGCUGAAUUGAUCAAUGCCCACCUGCACAACACUUUCCAGAACUCCUUCCCUGCAGGCAUUGCUGUAUUGAAACCAUUCCCUGAGCAUACUACGGCUCUGGUGGAACCGGCCCUACGGCUUGCCAAAGCCCUGGUUCAAUGUCCUGGUUCUCCCGUUCCCCGCUCGUGCCCUCCGAACUUGCCGAAAUGUCACCCCUGCGAUGCUGAAAAGCCCAUGCAGGUUAGCCAGCCAGCGACUUACAGGAAUACGACCCAGGUCUUCACGAUCGGGACUCUGCCUCAUCCUUUUACGCUCAUCAGUCUGCAGCAGGAUUCUACCGAGGUUACAACGCGGCACAUUCGCCGCGAGACAGACCGUGAUGUAUGGUUGGCUGAAGUGACCAAAGAGCACCUUGGCACGGAUAUCGGUGGUUCUGCGAGAGCUGUUGUUUUUAAGAGAGCUGUUGCCGAUGACGCCGUCGUAGGCACCUCCCUGUGGAUGACUGUUGAGUCGCUACCCCCUCAGGCCGGACAGUCCCUGCCUUCCGAGCUCUUAGACGAGUUUGAGUGGCAGUUUGGAUUCAAGAUCCCGCGUGAUGGCAAGGUUGAUGCAAAGAAUGAAGAAGAGAAGAAGGAAUCCAUCCAACAGGCCAACCCGAGUGAGCAGGGUGUCGAGAAGGAGUAUGGUAUCCUGAAACAGGCACGGGAAUUUCUGAAGGGCAAAGGUACCAACCGAAUUUGUAUCACCGAUGUGGCGGAGGCUUGGAACUUGGCGGACACGGAAGUCUGGCGAUUCGUGAGAGCAUACCGCGUUCCCGUCUUUCUCCUUAUUACGGAACCGAAAGGAAAGAAUCAAAGAUUGAAUGACAUGAGCUAA